GGCGGGCGUGGACCAAUGGGAUCGCGGCCUAUGGGAGGGCGCGGGGGGGCCGCUCGCCAAUGGAAAGCCACGGCGCGCGGCGUGGACCCGGAGGCUGCGCAGCGCGGCGGGCGCGGUUCAGUCGGGCGGCGGCGGCGGCUGUGGAGGUGGAGGAGGAUGUGGGCCACGCACGGGCUGGCUGUGGCGCUGGCUCUGAGCGUGCUGCCGGGCGGCCGGGCGCUGCGGCCGGGCGACUGCGAAGUUUGUGUUUCUUACCUGGGAAGAUUUUACCAGGACCUCAAAGACAGGGAUGUCACGUUCUCACCGGCCACCAUUGAAAAGGAACUUAUAAACUUCUGCCGCGAAGCAAGGGGCAAAGAGAAUCGGUUGUGUUACUACAUUGGGGCCACAGAUGACGCAGCCACCAAGAUCAUCAAUGAGGUGUCGAAGCCGCUGGCCCACCACAUCCCCGUGGAGAAGAUCUGUGAGAAGCUCAAGAAGAAAGAUAGCCAGAUCUGUGAGCUGAAGUAUGACAAGCAGAUUGACCUGAGCACAGUGGACCUGAAGAAGCUCCGAGUGAAAGAGCUCAAGAAGAUUCUGGACGACUGGGGGGAGAUGUGCAAAGGCUGUGCGGAAAAGUCCGACUACAUCCGAAAGAUUAACGAACUGAUGCCUAGAUACGCCCCCAAGGCAGCCAGUUCGCGGACUGAUUUGUAGGCGACCGGUCCCCGCGGCACCCGAGGGGAAAACAGUUCAGCUGUGUCUUCCCCAAACAGCAUUUUGUAAUUUAUUUUUUAGGCUGGCCCCUGACCAUGUCAGGUGGGGAGCCGGGGGCUUUCCUGGCGAUGCUGGCUCUCCAGCGCCCCUGCAGGGCGGCCCCCUUCCUUCUGUUGCUGGUUUUCUCUAGGACUUCAAAGUGUGUCUGGGAUUUUUUUAUUAAAGGAAGAAAAUUUCUAGCUGUC